AAGUAGGAAAGCGAGAACGCCAGAGGAAGCAGAGGACGCUAAACGAGCAAAAAACGAUGCUCCCUCUUGUAACCGUCCAGAUGCCUAGUACAGCGAAGGGGGUAAAAACUCAGAGAACGGUGAGCUAUGGAGCACGGUUGUCAGCAAAAAGGCCCAACGCAAGAAGAAGAUAGGAACCAUGGCGGAGGGUAAGCAAACAAGAGCGGGUGAACACAACGGCCCAGUUAAACCCGUACCGCGACGACCAAAAACGGAGGCAAUCCUAGUUGAGACAACUGAAGUAUCAACGCACAAAGACAUCCUCCGCAAUCUUAAAGCUGACACUGAGCUACAGUCGUUCGGCAAACAAGUUGCUCGAAUAAGAAGCACAAAAAAUGGAGGAUUGCUAUUUGAGCUUAAGAAAAGUGAUCAAACGGAGUGCGAAAGCUUUUCCGGAAAGAUUCAACAAGCCAUUGGUGAAGCUGGCAACGUAAAGUCUUUGGGACAAAUGGAGACAGUAGAAAUUCGUUUCAUCGACGAAGAAACGGAAGCAGCUGACGUAGAGAGGGAUUUGAGAAACCAGAUAACUGGCCUCGAAGGCUAUAAGGUGGAGGUAACGAUGAAGCCUUCCUUCUCUGGUAUGCAGACCGCUCUAGUGAAACUCCCGGUAAAGCUAGUGUCGGUGGUUACAGGAGCAGGAAAAGUGCAAAUCGGUUGGUCAGUCUGCCCGGUGCGUAUAAAUAUACCGAGCAGAAGAUGUUAUCGCUGCUGGCAAACCGACCACAUUUCUCAGGACUGUUGUGGACCAGACAGAAGGGACUGCUGCCUGCGCUGCGGGGAAAAAGGGCACUUCGCUGCUACGUGUCGUCAGCCACCACGAUGUGUGCUUUGUCCAGAUGGAUCCAACGCGCAUCACUCUAGCGGAGCAUUCUGUCCAGCGGCUAAGAAAACAGCACCAUGGAAGUAGCCCAGAUAAACCUAAACCAUUGUGAAGAGGCACAGGCACUACUGAGCCAGGUGAUGGUGGAGGAGAUAGGAGAUAUUGCUAUAGUCUCUGAGCCAUACAGCGCUCCAACAGGCUCUAGUAGCUGGGUGGCAGAUAAGACUGGGAACGCUGCAAUAUGGGUGACUGGCAGGUACCCAAUACAACGGGUAGUAUCUAACACCUUCGAGGGUUUCUGCAUAGCUGAAGUAAAUGGAGUGUUUUUCUGCAGCUGUUAUGCUCCCCCAAGUUGGGAGCUAGAGAGGUUCCAUGUUAUGUUAGACAACCUCGUAGCAGAGCUGGAUGGGCAUAGACCACUUGUAAUUGCCGGUGAUUUCAAUGCCUUGGCUGUUGAAUGGGGGAGCAAGCAAACUAAUAGCAGAGGUGAUGCUGUUCUCGAAAGCUUCGCCCGGCUGGGAGUAACGCUGGGAAAUACCGGCACAACCCCCACGUUCAACAGAAACGAGAGGACAUCAAUCGUUGAUAUUACGUUCUGCAGUCCCACCCUCUCGGAGAGAUUGAACUGGCGAGUUAGUGAUGCACUCACUCUCAGCGACCAUAAUGUUGUCAGAUACGCCAUCAUCCAAGGGCAUAGGCUAACAUCAUCAUCAGCGCAUGGGUCCCGAGUUGGUGGUAGAGGCUGGAAAACCGAAUCCUUCAAUGAGGAUUUUUUUAAGGAGCUUUUAGCUUUCGGAGAUUUCGGCGAAGCCGUGAGCGCCUCUCAAAUCGUGAUAGCCCUUACCAAAGCCUGUGAUGGCGCUAUGCCAAGAAGAAAACCUCCUAACGGGCGACGACCACCUGUGUACUGGUGGAAUGCGUCGAUUAAAAGACAACGGGCUGAAUGCGUAGCAGCACGGCGCAAAAUGCAGCGAAAAAGAUGCCCUGAAGUAAAACAACAACUCAGGAUCGUAUACAUUGCGGCUAGGUCAGAACUUAAAAGAGCGAUUAAAGCCAGUAAAAGGCAACACUUCCUCAAACUAUGCGACGAAAUCGCUCGGAAGCCCUGGGGACUUGCCUUCAAUACACUCAUGAAUAAGGUAAAGUCUUCGGAACCUGUAGAACAGUGUCCUGUAAAGCUGAAGAGCAUUAUUGAAACCCUGUUUCCAACACAUGCACCACCGAACCUCAGUCCUACGAUCAACACGCCAGAGACUGACCCUGUGCCUAUAACGACAGGAGAUUAUUAG